ACUCUAUCUCUAUCUCUAUCUCUACCUCCCAUCCUCUUAAAUAUUUCAAUUCAUGCCUCAGAAUACGCACUACACAAUUCAAUAUCAAUAAAAACAAUGUACCCUUAUUAAAUUCUCUUCACUUUAUAACCUAUACUAUAGACUAUAUGCUUCAAAUAUCUUAGCCCUUCUUUCUUCUUCUUCAUUCCUAGCACAGCAAAAAAAUGGCUAACAAGCUAACAAUGGUUGGAUACUACAUUAUUCUAAUAACAAACUGUGUUCUCUUGAGCACUGUCUGCUUAUCAUCAUCUGCAAAUGCUAAAUUUGCAAAGAAGACUUACAUCAUUCAAAUGGAUAAGUCUGCAAAGCCAAACACAUUUUCCAACCACCUUGAAUGGUAUUCAUCAAAAGUGAAAUCAGUUCUGUCCAAAUCUGCUGAUGAGAUACGCAACGAAGAAGAAGAGAGGAUCAUAUACACUUACGAAACAGCUUUUCAUGGCGUGGCUGCAAAGUUGACCGAAGAAGAAGCAGAGAAGCUAGAAUCAGAAGAAGGAGUAGUGGCCAUAUUCCCAGAAACAAAGUACACGCUUCACACAACAAGAAGCCCAGGUUUUCUGGGCCUUGAACCAUUGGAUAGCACCGACAAAAUCUGGUCAGAGAAUGUUGCUGAUCAUGAUGUCAUCGUUGGAGUGCUGGACACAGGGAUUUGGCCCGAGAGUGAAAGCUUCAACGACACAGGAAUGAAACCGGUUCCUUCUCACUGGAGAGGAGCCUGUGAAAUCGGAAGAGGAUUCAGGAAGAGCAACUGCAACAAGAAGAUUGUGGGAGCAAGAAUAUUCUACCGCGGGUAUGAAUCCGCAACAGGAAGAAUGGACGAGAAAGCAGAAUACAAAUCACCAAGAGAUCAAGAUGGUCAUGGAACUCACACUGCAGCAACAGUUGCAGGUUCACCGGUGCGCGGUGCUAACCUUCUCGGCUACGCUUACGGCACGGCGAGAGGGAUGGCACCGUCGGCAAGAAUCGCAGCGUAUAAAGUUUGCUGGACCGGUGGAUGCUUCAGUUCUGAUAUUCUCUCAGCCGUGGAUAGAGCCGUGGCUGACGGAGUAAACGUUCUAUCGAUCUCUUUAGGUGGCGGAGUCUCCUCUUACGACCGAGAUUCUUUAUCCGUUGCCGCAUUUGGAGCAAUGGAGCACGGAGUUUUUGUUUCUUGCUCUGCCGGAAAUGCAGGCCCUGACCCUGUGAGUCUGACCAAUGUUUCACCAUGGAUCACCACCGUUGGAGCAAGCACAAUGGACAGAGAUUUUCCUGCUGAAGUAAGGCUUGGAAAUGGAAAAACAAUAGCCGGUUCUUCGCUCUACAAAGGAACAAGCGUUCUCUCGUUGAAGAAGCAGUAUCCUCUGGUGUACUUAGGAGGCAACUCAUCAUCCCUGGAUCCAAGAUCUUUGUGCUUGGAAGGAACCUUGGAUCCUAAAAUAGUGAAAGGGAAGAUUGUGAUCUGUGACAGGGGAAUCAGUGCAAGAGUUCAGAAGGGGCAAGUAGUGGCAUCAGCAGGAGGAGUUGGAAUGAUUCUAACAAACACGGCCACCAACGGCGAAGAGCUUGUUGCCGACUGCCACCUCCUUCCGGCGGUGGCAAUCGGAGAGACAGAAGGAAAAGAGCUCAAACGUUACGUGUUAACAAAAAAGAACGGAAAAGCAACUGCAACUCUGGCUUUCAUGAACACAAGAUUGGGAAUUAGGCCUUCCCCUGUGGUGGCUGCGUUUUCUUCAAGAGGGCCUAAUUUCUUAACACUUGAGAUUCUGAAACCUGAUCUGGUGGCUCCCGGUGUCAACAUUCUUGCCGCGUGGAGCGGCCUCAUUGGUCCAUCUAGCUUGCAGACGGAUCACAGAAGGGUCAAGUUCAACAUACUCUCCGGAACUUCAAUGUCAUGCCCUCAUGUUAGUGGUGUUGCCGCAUUCAUCAAGUCUAAGCACCCUCAAUGGAGUCCUGCGGCUAUCAAAUCUGCUCUAAUGACAACCGCUUAUGUUCAUGACAACACAAUCAAGCCAUUGAAAGAUGCAUCAAGUGCUGUUCCUUCCACUCCUUAUGAUCAUGGUGCUGGCCACAUUAAUCCAAGAAAGGCUCUUGACCCUGGCUUAGUCUAUGACAUUAGUCCACAGGAUUACUUCGAGUUCUUGUGCACACAGAAGCUAACUCUACCGCAGUUGAGAGUUUUUGGCAAAUACUCUAACAGAACUUGCAAGCACUAUCUUUCAACUGCUGCUGACUUGAACUAUCCAGCAAUAUCUGUGCUAUUUCCUGAGAAAGCUUCUGUUUCUUCUUUGACUGUUCAUAGAACUGUUACCAAUGUAGGACCUGCUGUUUCCAAGUACCAUGUGAUGGUGUCACCAUUCAUAGGUGCUUCUGUGAAAGUUGAGCCUGAUGUGUUGAAUUUCACCACCAAGUAUCAAAAAUUGUCUUAUAAGGUUACGUUUACUACAAGGUCUAGGCCUAAGGAACCCGAAUUUGGAGGUCUGGUUUGGAAGGAUGGUGUGCACAGGGUGAGAAGCCCCAUUGUCAUAACAUAUAUGCCUCCAAUAUGAUGAACUUCUCUGGAACUAGUUCCAAAUUUUCAUCUGUUUUUAUUUUUAUUUAUUUUGUUUUUUGUAGUAAGCAAACUUUAUGUACCAAGAAGUGCAUGCAGUUUUAUUACAGAAUAUGCUUUGAUGAUGUUGGCUGCAUCUAUCCAAUAAUGACCUUUCAUUUCAUUUCAUCAUUAUUAUUCCACACUUCAACCAACUUAUAGAUCAAUCUAUUCCAGUUGUGAAUUUCAUUUCAA